AUGGCUAUUGCUGUAUUGAAAAGUGUCAAUGAAGAGAUCAGAAAGAAACUCUACCACUACGCUAUUCCAAGAAUAUGUCUUCCUUCCUGCCUCCACUACUACAUCAGCCUCCUAAUAUCGUCCCAGUAUGAGGGCAGUUUCAUGGGGCCCUGGAAGAGCAAGCUUGAUUCCAGUUCGCUUCAGGCUUCAGUGCUGUAUAUAUCCUGGCCCUUACAACUCCAUAUCCAGCAGGAAUCACAUUCUGGCAACACUUUCACAGAAGUUGCCUUGUCUGAAGAGCUCAUAUCCGGAAAGGCCGCGAGGCCUCAGCAUCCCAUUUGGUGGAUUCCUUCGACGGAGCAACCAGCUGCCGAAGCGUGUCCAGUCGAUGAGGGCUUCAGUGACGGACCCAGACCAGGUUCCUGCUCGGAAAAGGCCAUUCUCUCCCGCCCCGCGCAGGACUUGAAGUCCAUCCUCUUGGACCUGGAGGAAUUGCAAAGGAGCGAGGAGGAAGAGGAAGCGAUGUUUCAAACAUUUCCAGAACCGUCCUCCUUGGUAAGCUUGUUUUCCUGCUUCGAGACGAGCGGCAGCAAGAGGCAGACAACUGAGACUGGCUUGCAUAGAGACGCAAAGCGAAGGCGGCUAGGCGGAGACGAGAUUGAAUCAGUAGUUUCCCCAUACCCGGAACCGCUCUGGGAGACUCAGGAUCUGCUGGAGUAUGUUAACCGGUUUGCACAGUCCCUUGCUGAGGAAGACAGUUCAAGCACAGGUAAGUGCUUCGGCAGUUUCAGAGGGGCCAGCGUGUGUCCCAUUCCAAACUCUCCUAUGCAUACUGCCACGGUGACCAUGUGGACAAUGCCUUUGAUUUUCCAGGUAUGUUGCAAGGAAAAGGGCCCCCGGGUAUUUCUGAGAUACCCCCUCUCCAUCUCUUACAGAGUUCCUUGUUUACCUUAUGAAGCCUGCUGCUACCAGCUACCCUGACUGUCCCCUCCGUUCCCUCACUUUCUUUCUCAGUGUCCUUUGAGAUUGUGGAUUCGAAACAGCCUUGCCGGUAUAUGCCAUCUGAUUCACAUUUGGUUCAAUUCGCAGGGCCUUCCACCUCACUUGGCCCGGCUUCCCCCGCCCCCGAUCUGCAACGGAGACCACCAUCUACAAGAGAGGCACUAGAGGAGGUGGAGCGAAUCAUUGAAGAGCUCAGAGCUAAAGAUGAAUCUUUACAGGCCGUCCCUUCCGAUGCAUUGGAAUAUGUCUCUGGGAACCUUGACACAACAAACGAGUCGGGCCAGGCUCCAUCAGGUAAGGAUAAUUCCGAAGGAAUAUGCCGCCUCCACAGGCUUGGACUGGGAUCAGGGCGCCUCUGG